UAUAUGAAUGAAUGUAUGAAAAUAUAAACACCAACAUAAACUCACACAGCCCGAGGUUACCUUCUUCGUCUCUCUGCACACACUGUUACAGAUUCCUUCUUUCUCUCACUAACAUUUACUUCUCUCUCUAGUUCUCCGCGUAAAAAUCGUCACUUUUUGGUGCCUGAAACGUUUCAGAACCUUGCUUUCAAUUUUUCCGUUAAUGGGUUUUUGAUUUUAUGACUGCCCAACUACUCUUUUUGUCUUUUUAAUCUUACCCAUUUCAUCAUUUUCACUUCAAACUUCCAUUUUAAUUUCUAAACCAAGCUCUGGUUCUUGUUUGUUCUUGUUUUUUCAGAUGUUUUAUGCAUUUUUCUUAACUUGGUUUUUGUUUUCUUGUUUAAAAGUUAGCUUUUUUGGUCAAGUUCUACAAUCAUUUAAGGAAUAUUUUAUCUAGUUUAGAUGCUGAAGUAAAAAGAAUGGAGUUUAUUUCAUGAACUGAGUACAGAGUACCGAGUUUGUUGAGUUAAAGAUGGGUUCUUCAAGCUCUAGACCAGAGAAAAAUGAUGCAUUGCGGCUAUGUAAAGAACGGAGGAGAUUGAUAAAGCAAGCAAUAGAUUCAAGGUAUAAUCUUGCAGCAGCUCAUGUUUCUUAUAUUAAUUCUUUAAAAAACAUUGGUAUAGCUUUAAGGAGAUUUGCUGAGGCUGAAAUUUUGAUCGAGUCAUCUUUGUCUACAACUUCAGCUACUGAACUUGAACUUGAAAAAUCCCCAUCACAUUGUUCCUAUCCAUCUCCCUCUCCCUCCCACAUUGGGGGGGUUUCGGGUUCGGAUUCGCGUAAUGAGAGCCCUGUUUCGCCAGCUAUGGUGAAUUUGAGUUAUAUGAGAGGUGGUGGUGGUGGUGCUCCGGUUACUGUUACUGUUAAUUUGAGUAAUGGUGGUAAUGGUUUUGUUGAGGAUGAAGGGUUCUCUAUGCCAAUGCCGCCGCCUCCUCCGCCUUUUGAGUUUGGUGGUUCUUGGGAUUACUUUGAUCCUAGUGAUGAUUGUGAUAGUUUUAGGUUUGUGAGAGGUAAUGAUUCGGAUGUCGGUUUCGGUGAUUUACGAGGGUGGAAUGAGUUUAGAGCUGAAAAAUCUUGCAUUGAUCAUAAUUUGGUUGAUGGAAAUCGAAAUGGAAUAAUAGAAACCUCUGGUAGUUCUGCAGCGAAAAAUCGGGGUUAUGAUUUAGAUGCAGAAGGUAAUGGUGAUUCUAGGCAUCCUGUAAAUACCAAAGUGAGGCAGGCCGAAAUGCCACCAAAUGCUGAUGGUUUGGCUCUUGAGAAAUCGAAUUCUGUGAGAGAGAAAACAGUUGCGACAAAAGAUUUGUCUGCUGAAAGAGAAGACCCCUCAGAGUUCAUUACACAUAGAGCUAAAGAUUUUCUAUCAAGCAUAAAGGAUAUAGAACAUCGAUUCUUUAGAGCCUCUGAAUCUGGUAAGGAGGUUUCGAGGAUGCUUGAGGCUAACAAUAUAAGGGUUGGAUUUUCCAAGAUGCAAGGGAGUUCAUCUGCCUCCGCAUUACUGGCGUCGUUGCAAAUUUGCUGCCAUGGGAAGGGUGCACUUGUUACUAAUGAACCUGAAGAAUAUGUUAAAAAGGUUAUUACAUGGAAACGAACAACAUCUUCAAGGUCAUCUUCAUCAAGAAAUCCACUUGCCACGGCCGCAAGAGAUGAUGUCUCUGAUAGUGGUAGUGAUUUUGUUGAAGAGUUCUGCAUGAUUGCAGGAAGUCACUCCUCGACUCUUGAUCGACUGUACGCAUGGGAAAGAAAACUGUAUGAUGAAGUAAAGGCCAGUGAAUGUAUCAGAAAGGACUAUGACCGAAAAUGUGAUCUGCUUAGGCACCAGUUUGCCAAGGACCAUAGUGCUCAAGUGAUUGACAAGACCAGGGCAAUUGCGAAGGAUUUGCAUUCAAGAAUUAUAGUGGCAAUUCAUUCUGUAGAUACUAUCUCAAAACGAAUUGAGAAAAUGAGAGACGAAGAGUUGCAGCCGCAACUUCUAGAGCUAAUUCAAGGGUUGAUCAAGAUGUGGAAGGCCAUGCUUGAAUGCCAUCAUACACAGUACAUCACAAUCUCAUUGGCGUACCAUUCAAGAAACGCAACAGGAACACCCCAAGGAGAUACUCGCAGGCAGAUUACGCAGCAGCUUCUGGAGGAGAUCGAGUGCUUUGGCCUGAGUUUUGCGAACUGGGUUAACAGUCAUGCAUCCUAUGUGGAAGCCCUAAAUGGAUGGCUGCAGCAUUGCAUCCUGCAACCACAGGAGCGUUCUAGAAACAGAAAACCAUUCUCUCCUCGUCGAGCCUUAGCACCACCUAUUUUUGUUCUGUGUCGUGAUUGGUCUGCCGGCCUCAAAGCUUUGCCAUCUGAGGAACUUUGUGAUGCAAUCAAAAACCUGUUAUCUGACCUGUGUCAUUUAAUGGGGCAGCAAGCUGAACAACUACAUAAGAAAGAGAAAUCACUUGACGAAAACAAUGGAGAGUCAGAGUGCAAAGAAGAAGAGAAAAAUGAAGAACCAUCCACAAACUUGUGUUCCAUACAUGCUAGUUUGACAAAGGUUCUUGACAGACUGAACAAAUUCGCCGAGGCAUCCCUGAAAAUGUAUGAAGACAUCAGACAGAAAAGUGAAGCAGCUCGACUGGCGUACUUAAACUACAGACCCGGCGUUAGAUAUUAAAGGUUAUGCUAGUAGUUGAUAGAGAUAUUUCCAUGUGUAUAAGCAAUUUCUUAAGCUUGUGGUUGAUCUCGGGAAAUGAAGAUAGAUACUUGUAAAUUUCAGAAUCCUAAGGUUUCAAAUAGCCUUGGAAAAGCUUUAGGAUUUUUUUCAGGUA